AACCAGCGUCCAAUCAAACAGACGACGCCUUCAAGUCUAGCUGCACGCACGAGAGUGGAGUUGGAGUCGUCGGCAAAUUUCGUGGCGUUUUUUUCGGUUUUUGGACAUUAUUUUUGAAAGCCUCUUCCGCAACCCUCAAAACUGGUGAUUCGCUUUAAGCCAUCUCAAAUUGUGGCAAACAAAAUUUCAAUUCUAUUUAAAUUACAUCAAAAAGUGUCUGAAUUAAAAUAUAAAGCUGUCGUUUAUGAAAAGCUUAUAUUUCAACAAAUAAUAAGUGUUUAACAAAGUGAAAAGUUUAACACAAAAGUGAUAAUAAAAAAUUAUUAAUUGCUAACAAAAAUUAAAAAUAAUAAUCAACAUGACGAUGCAGCAAAGUGUAUUACUUCCUCUGGCCAUCAUGCUUAUCUCCUGUGGAGUGGCAUUCGCAUGCCAUGGAAAACUAAUCGCAUCGGGCAUCAGUACGGAGGAGAGAUCAAUCAUCUUGCAGGAACACAAUCGCCUGAGGCAACUUGUGGCCACCGGACGCUAUCCGGGCCAACCGGGAGCCGAGAAUAUGCGCGAAAUCGUCUGGGAUGACGAGCUGGCUGCCCGUGCGCAGCAAUGGGCCGACAAUUGUCAGUUCCGACACGAUCCGCAUCGCACAAUAAAUCGCUUUACUAUGGGUCAAAAUCUGGCCAUUAUUUGGAGCACUGCACCGUUGGAUGCCGAUGAUGGUGAUUUUCCCUCUCGCAUUCAAAACUGGUUCAACGAGGUGCAAAAGUAUUCAUUCGGCGACGCCUGGUCACCCAAGACUGGUCACUACUCGCAGCUCGUUUGGGGUGAGACGAGUCUGGUCGGUUGCGGCUUUGCCGAGUACAAAGAUAACAUCAAAUACAACAAGCUCUACGUGUGCAACUAUGGACCUGGUGGCAACGUUGUCGGCUAUAAUCCCUACGAGGUUGGAAAGCCAUCGUGCUCCACCUAUGGCAUGAAACCAUCGUCCAGGUAUCAGGGACUCUGCGCUGCACCCGGUGCAUCUCCAGCAGUGGCAAAUAGCGUCUACGGCGGCAAUACUUUUGAAACGUAUGAGUACAGCUACAACUCAGCUACAACGCUUAAUAGCAACAGCAACCAGAACAAUAACAACAACAAGCCGACUAACAACAUUAACAAGAGCAACAUCAACAACAACCGAAACUACAAUAAUCCCAACACCCAAUUUGCAUACUCCUCCCCCAAAUUCCCUACACAGGCAGCGGCACCAUCAGCAUCAGCGACGUCGUCCGGUGGCAGCUCCUUUGGCACUAAGACACGCGGCGGUAGCCAGGCCUAUACAACGGAGAUUAGUCAACAGCAUUCCGGCAAGUACAAGCACAAGCUUGAGGCAUAUCGGCCCAGUGCUGCAGAAUUUGAGAAGUCCGUACAGAAGCAUACAAUACUACGCACCUAUAUAGAGCAGAAUCCGAAUGAGCAGCCAGCGGUAGUGCCGGAGCAGCAAGCAGCCGGACCGGAAGCGUCCAGCACCCCGAAACCAAGUCGUGGCUGGAGCCUAUUGUCUUGGCGCGGCUAAGAAUGUCCCCCACACAUUAUGUCAUGCCCCAUUUUGCC